CUAGCGGCUGUUUGUUGACUUCCGGGAACGCGGCAGUUGCCGAUGUCCGGGGUGUCGCUAUGGGGACCCGGGGGGCUUCCGCAGCCCGCGUCGGGGCUGAGAAGCUGCCAUAGACCCCGCGGAGUCGCCCCCGCCACCUUCCCGGUUCGGGCGCAGGCUUCCCGCACCUCCUUCGGCAUGGGGGAAUCCGAGGAGGUGGUACCCGAUUCAGGUGCUGUGUUUACUUUUGGAAAAACUAGCUUUGCCGAAAACAUUCCCAGCAAAUUCUGGUUUAAAAAUGAUAUACCUACAGUUCUUUCCUGUGGAGAUGAACAUACUGCAGUUGUUACAGGAAAUAAUAAACUUUACAUGUUUGGCAGUAACAACUGGGGCCAGUUAGGAUUAGGAUCGAAGUCACCUGUUAGCAAGCCAACGUGUGUCAAAGCUUUAAAACCUGAAAAAGUGAAAUUCGCUGCCUGUGGAAGGAACCACACCCUAGUCUCAACAGAAGGAGGCAAAGUGUAUGCAGCUGGAGGAAAUAAUGAAGGACAGCUGGGACUUGGUGACACCGAAGAGAGAAACACUUUUCAUCUAAUUAGUUUUUUUACUUCCCAGCAUAAGAUUAAACAGCUCUCUGCUGGAUCGAACACUUCAGCUGCGCUAACUGAGGAUGGCGAGCUUUUUAUGUGGGGUGACAAUUCUGAAGGGCAGAUUGGUUUAAAAGAUGUAACUAAUGUGUGUGUCCCUCAGCAAGUGACCGUUGGGAAGCCUAUUUCCUGGAUCUCUUGUGGAUAUUACCAUUCAGCUUUUGUAACAACGGAGGGAGAACUGUACACGUUUGGAGAACCAGAGAGUGGGAAGUUAGGUCUUCCCAAUCAGCUGCUUUGCAACCACAGGAUGCCCCAGCCGGUGCCUGGAAUUCCCGAGAAGGUGGUCCAGGUAGCUUGUGGUGGAGGGCACACGGUGGUUCUCACAGAGAAAGCCGUGUAUACCUUUGGGCUGGGACAGUUUGGUCAGCUGGGUCUUGGUACUUUUCUUUUCGAAACUUCAGUACCCAAAGUCAUUGAGCAUAUUAAGGAUCAGAAAAUAAGUUCUAUUUCCUGUGGAGAAAAUCACACAGCUCUGGUAACAGAUAUAGGUCUUAUGUAUACUUUUGGAGAUGGUCGACACGGAAAAUUAGGUCUUGGACUGGAGAACUUUACCAAUCAGUUCCUUCCCACUUUGUGCUCUCAUUUUUUGAGAUUUAUAGCUCACUUGGUGUCUUGUGGUGGAUGUCACAUGCUAGUUUUUGCCGUUCCGAGACUUGGUGGGACAGAAGAAAUUGAGUUAGAGGAAGUUAAGGAUGCUUGCUUCCAUGCAGAGGCUUCUCUGCCCCUCAGCAAUCUGAACUCAGGGAAUGUUUUGCAAACAACUCUAUCAGCACGUGUGCGGCGACGAGAGAGGGAGAAAUCGCCCGACUCUUUUCGAGUAACACGAACACUACCUCCAGUUGAAGGGAUUCCUGUGCCACCUGUUUGCUUUUCCCCCUUUCCUUUUCCUUUCCAUAUGUCUGCAAUUAAUCUGCCAGAGACCAUGAUACCUGAAGAUGAGGACCUCACGCAGCCAAUGGAACCAGAUUAUUUUCAAGAUAAAAUGACCACAGAGAAAGAGACAGACAUUUCUUCAGCAACAGAUUCAGAAAGCCUUGGAGAAACUACUGAUGUCUUAAAUAUGACACAUAUGAUGAGCCUGAAUUCCAAUGAAAAGUCAUUAAAAUUAUCACCAGUUCAAAAACAAAAGAAACAAGAAACAGUCGAGAAACUGGAGCAGCAUACAGCUCACUUUGAAAAUGAUGGUAGUAAAGAGCGUGCAAGUGAAGAGACGUCCAGAACGGUGAAAGAGGGGAAAGUAUAUAGACAGCUGGUGGCAAAGGGAACGUACAUGCUGCCAAUACCUGGGACUGGGCGCGCGUUUUCAUAUGAGGACUUAGGUGAGGAGUGGGGCCAGCCGGGGCCUCAGGCUGACACCCAUGCCGAGGGUGUGCGCAAAGAGAUACUUAGAUGUGAGAGCAAGCACAGUAUUUACCCACCUGAUGGCAGAGAGAUAGAACGGAAAAGUGAUGGAGGCAAAAGUCCGAAGGACUCAGAAACGGAAGAAGCAGUGUCUGAGAGAGGAGCUGAGCUGCCGGAAAUGGCAGGUCUGAAGGAUAUGAGACAAAGUGAAGAGAGUUUAAGAAAUAUGAAUAUGUUCUUUGACGACUUACCAAAUAGAGAUGUGGAUAUUGAGGAUGAAGAGAGUAAACGCUUUUUUAAGGACGUUAAGAGGAACAUGCAAAAUGUGAUCUUUGACAGUGAAAGAGAAUCUAUACAGUCAGACAGUUACAUGGAAGGAGAAAGUGAAAGUCAGCAAGGUAUCACUGAUGGCUCUGAGCAGCUCAAGUCAGUAGAAUUUAGUAGCGGAGAGAAAGAGGAUGAUGAAGUGGAAACUGACCAAAACUUGUAUAGCAGGAAAUUUAUUCAACAAAGAUAUGAGGAAGAGAUUGAACACAGAAUGUCCGCAUUCUUCGCAAAAUAUAAUUUUAACUUUGGGCACUUGUCAGAUAUCCCAGAGGAGCAGGAAAGCACAGAGGAGUCAGAAGGAAGUGAAAUAGAGAAGCAAGAGGUAGAUGCAAAUGAGGAAAAUGUGGAGGUGCACGAAGGAAAAGAGGAGAAGGAAAUAGAGAUCCUGUCAGACGACCUUACAGACAGAACUGAGGAUCAUGAAUUUUCGAAAGAUGAAGAGCUAGAGGACGUGGAUGAAAUUGAUGAGUACCUGAAAGGCGAGAAAAAAGUUGCUGCAGAUGAAGCCAGUGACAACUCAGUUGAAAAGGACAAGAAAACCAACCAAGAGGAACGGACUGUUUAUGAAUACAAUGAGAAUCCAAAAGGAAGCAUGUAUGGCCACGCAAAGAGCAGUUCUGCAAAAGACCUGGAAGACACUGCAUCAACAAGUAAAGACCUAAAAAAAUCAAUGAAGGCACAAGGCCAGAGGCUGCAGAUUCAGAGGUUAAAGAUGCACUGCCUUCCCUCAGAAAGUAGCUGGAACAUGCCAGAUUCUCUGGAUAGCUCCCAAUGCCCGUUAACAGUCAAUAGAUUUUUUAUCCGUGGUCGCUACCAUAAAUAAAGGGUGCUGAGAUGAGAAUUUCUCCACCAAAAAAACAUGCUUGUGAAUUCUUGUCUUUCCUAGUUGCUAUCUUUUCUCUGAUGGUAUGCUUUGUUCAUCCAUUGCAAGCUACAAAUGAGCACUUGCCUCAAGUACGCUUUACUCUGUAUUAGGAGAAAACUUCGAGGUAGAUUACACAUACGGUGUCCUGUCAUUGUCAGUUUUUCCCAAGCUUGAAACCUGAGACGGUCCCAGGCUACCCAAUAAUGACUCCCCUGCUUUUUAAAAAUAGCUUUAUUGAGGUAUAAUUGACAUAUAAUAAACUACACAUAUUUAAAGUAUAUAAUUUGGUUAGUUUUGACGUGUGUGCACCUAUGAAACCAUAAUCACAAGAGAGUGAACAGUGCCGUUAUUGGCGGAAGGUUCUUUGUGCCUUUUUGUGAUCCCCGUCUGUCCUCCUUGGCCCCCUGCUAUCCUUAGCAAACCUGCUUUCUAUUAUCAUACAUUAUUUUGCAAGCUCUAGAUUUUUAUAUAAAUGAGAUCCUACACCAUGUACUCUUUUUGUUUGUUGGCUUCCUUUGUCCAGCCUAAUUAUUUUGAAACCCAUCUAUGCAUGUAUCAGUAGUUCAUCCCUUUAUGUUGCUGAAUAAUAUUCUAAGUGAAUUUUUAUAUGAUGAGGGUAUGAAUUGAAGUUAUUAUUUUUUUUGCAUAUGGACAUCCAAUCGUUCUAGCACCACGUGUUGAGAAAAGACCCUUUCUCUACUGAAUUGUCUUCACAGAAAUCAGUUAACUUUUCCAUGUGUGGGCAUAUUUCUAGAGUCUAAUCUGUUCCUUCCACCUGUUUAUCUUGUGCCCAUAUCACACUGUCUUGAUUACUGUAGCUUCAUAAUAAGUCUUGAAAUCGGGAA